AACUCAAUUGUCAUUUAUGGAUGUAAAUACAAGCACAGAAUAUACAAACGAGUACGUGUAGCCAUUGGGCAUGAAAUUUAUACAAAGUAUAUUAACUUACUUAUUGACCUUAUUUUUGUUUUAACCUUAUAUUUACUACUAUGUGUUCCGUAUGAUGUUUAAGUAAAUAAAGAAAAGAUAUAGUCUUAAACUUCAAUGAGUGAUAAAACAUUGAGCAGUAUGAAGGAUGAGCCACAAACUAAUACUAUUUAUUACGGUGUAUAUACUCCAAAUGAUAACAAGGAUUACAAUACGACCCCCAACGUAUUUGAAGACAAAAUUGAAGCUCUUAAAGUGGCUAAAAAGAACAAAAAAUCUAGAUUCAAAGCAUUUCAUUUUUAUCAUGAAGCUGUAGAAUUUGCUUUAAAUGGUUCUGAAUUUCCAAAUAAUAACGCUUCUCUAAAUACAUCCUCAAAUAAUAAGACGACAGAUUCUGCAAACAAUGUUGGUGAAAAAUCUAGUCCUUUUAAGGGUCCAAAACCACAAGAAUUGGUAGAAUUAAGGAAACAUAUUGAAAAUGGCAAUUUUAAAGUAGUUAAAGAUACUAUAUGGCAGAAUCCUAGGUAUUUAGUUAGUAGUGGCGAUACACCAGCUAUAUUGCAGGAAGGUCCUCGUUACAAUGCCUUGCAUGUAGCAGCUAAGUCAAAAAAUGCAGAAAUAACCGAACUGAUAUUAAAUACUAUUUCAAAUCCCGAAUUUGUGAAAUUGUUAAAUGGUGAUGAUAAUCAACUGAAUGCUGAAUAUCGAACUGCUGUUUUACUUGAUCUGUACCUAAACACUCCAAAUAAAGGCCUUAAUGAAACACCUCUACAUUUUGCUUCAAAACAUGGUGCAGUUGAAGUCGUUGAAAUUUUAGUUUCAUAUCCCCAAUGUGAUAAAACUUUGAAAAAUAAAUUUCAGAAAACAGCAGCACAAAUUAUAUGUGAAAGGGUAGAGGGAGAAAAUGUGUCGGCUGUUAAAAAGGCCAUUGAAACACUAUUACAGGAAAGCUAUUAUGUACCAGUGUUAAGAGCAGAAGAUGAAUGUAUGCCACCUCUUAUAGGAGAACCAUUUUCACCUUCUAGUCCUCCAAUGAUUAACUCAGAUCCUUUAAGUCCACGACUAGAAAUCCAUGCUUAUGCAGGUCCUAUGGAUAAAAAAGAAGCACAGCAUUUUAGAAAAGUAUGGAAAACGCCUCCUCGAAGUUUAAACUGCUCUUUACCUGGUUCAAAAUCGAAGGAGUUUAAUAUUGUAUCUCUUAAAUAUAGAGAUCCAAAGAAAGGUUUAGAAAGAAUAGGAAAGCGAUUGGCGAAUACUUAUAAAGUUAGUUGGAAAGAAUAUUGGCCGUUUUUAGACAGCUUCAUUGAUUUGAGUUCAGAGGAAGGUCUAAAUUCGCUAGAAACUUAUUUAACAGAUAGAAAUACAUUAUUGAACAUUUCGUUAUUUGAGGCAAAAAAAAGUUCAGAUUUGAAUGUCUCUGAUUCGUUGAGUCCUAUAUCUAAUUUAUGUCAAGCAUUUUCUUCUUGUCACAUAAACGAUUCGACCAGAUCCCACAACUCCAGUGAUGAUCAUAUAAAUGACAAAGACUCUAUUAAUUACAUUGACAAGUCAUGCCGUGUAUUCGCUAAUAGGAUUUCCAAUGACAUUCUUUAUAUUUUAUGUAGUGAAGACAAUAUUUUGCAAAUUUUAGAAACUGAAAUUAAACAAUUAGAAUUGUUGAUGACGAGUUAUAUGGAUGAUACUAGAUUUUCUAUGAUCAAUUUCCAGAAGAUCCACUCACGUCUCGGUAUUCUAGUUGGACAAAAACUUUACAAUAAUCUAAAAGAAAACGUUCGUGUCUUUUUGAGCGAAAAAUUAAGUACCAUGUUGGACAGUUUAACGAAAAGUAUUGAUUGUUUUUCAUCCGACGACGAAAGUCAUAACUUGGACAUUUCUGAAACGCGUAAACCGACGAUUUAUAAGCGGCAGUUAAUUUGUCUUUUACAUUUUAUUCUCAAUGUCUUAACGCAAAAUUUUGAUUGUAAACAAGGAACUGAAGAUGCUGGCUGUGUAAAAGAUUGGGAUAAAGCGGAGCCUUGCACGUGCGUAUACCAUUCGAGAAAAUCUAAAAGAAAUAAUAGCUUGUCUAGAAGUAAUAGUUUUAAAAAUGGAUCGAAACUUUUUCAGACUUCAAGCAUUGAUUCUAUACCUAGAAGAUUGUCAUUCAGUGAAACAGAUGGAAAUCCAGAUUGUGUUCUAAAUGGCUUUAAUGUAAGCAAUCUUAAGAAUUCAACUAAAUCCAACUCUGAUGAUGAAUCUGAAGAUAAAUUUUAUACCCCACCAUCUAGUCCCAGCUUCUUAAAUAGUGAUUCUGAAUCUGAAGAUGAAUUUAUGGAUUCACAGUUACCAAAGCAUGAAGUAUUUUUAGAAGGAGAAAAUCCAACCAAAUUAGACUGUGAAGUAUUUAACGCUCUUUGUUAUUCGGAGGUUAAAUUAGAUAAUAAGAAAUAUCCAAAUAUUUAUAAAUGGUACCAUACUAUUAGUUUAUAUAGCCAAGAAGAACGAGAUAGUUGGAUAAGUGAGAAGGACCAAGAGAAAGCCAAAAAAUUUUUUCCCAAUACUUCUGUAAACGUAACUUUCAACAUGGAUUCUCCUCGUACGAGUACUCCCUCCAAAUCCUGGUUUAGGAUAACUGGUGCCAAUUCUCCAAAAUCGGCUCUCAAGUCUAGAAGUCUAUUAUUUUAGAAAGAAAACUCAACAUUUUAUUGACUGCUAAUUGUUCAAUCAUUAAAGGUAUCAAGUGAUAUAAAAACAGAUUAAAAUUUUGUUUAUUUAUUUAAAAAAAUAUAUUAAUGUCAAUAGUAAUUUUAUAAUUUUUGACUAGUAAGUUUUAAAAGUAUAUUAAGAAGUUAUAGAUCGGGAGCCAGCAACAGAAUUACACGACCAAUUUCCUCUUGAGCGAUAAUUAGUUGAUACUUCGAAAGUUAUUACAUAGGAGUUAAGCGGAAGCAUCAAUUGGGUAUGUAAAUGCAUCAGCAGUUUCCCUCAACUUACUGCUAGCCUCCCAUCCCAUCCACCGAGCCGCAGCUGACUUCAUUAUACUUUAUAUUGCAUCUCACCAAUUAUCUUUCGAGAGGAAAUAAUCAACCAAAUUUUCGCGUGGCUCCCGGACUAUUAGAAAAAUAUUAUUAUGUGAAUAAAUGUUACUAGAAUUUUGUUUUAAUACAUUGUUUAUUGAAAAGAUUAGAAUUCUGUUACUUAUCAUUAAAAGUCUUACAAUGUUACUUUUUUAAAAAUUUUCUGAAACUCGCUGGUUAAAAUACAGUAUUUUUUGUCAAAACAUACAUGUACCCAAAAUCAAAUUGGAACUUUUUUGAAAAAAAAACCUGCAAGCACAAUACAAUUUACAAAGUAAUUUAACUAAUAUGAUUGCCACUAGAAGCGCUGGUUAUUUCUUUGAGCACUUCAAUGCUUCAAUAAAUAAAUAAUUACUCUGCAAUACCCGUUUAAUUGAUACUGACUACAGAUUUAAAAUAGUUAUGUCUCUCGAAAACUUAACCUUUUUUUAGCCAAAACUGAACUGCACUAGAGUGAAACGAGCAUGAAACGGUAAUCCGCUUUUUCUACUAUACCAGCGCAAAUAAUUUUUCGAUAAUUAAGUGUUAAGACAUAAAUGAAUAGAAACAAUAAUGCUUGUCAUGAGAAUUAUUAACGAACUGUAGCCAGAGGUUUAUAGAAUAUAUUUUUACUUUUGUAAAUAAUUUCUUAUUCACAAGUAGGUUUUUAUCGUUCUGUAUUUUUAGGAUAUUUGUUUUGUCAUCAGUUCCAAAUAGAUAAUGUUUGUUAUAUAUAUAUAUUUGAGACCAGCUGUAAAACUUUUAUUCAACUUUCAGGUUGUGCCUAAAAUAAUUGUCAGUAGAUAGGAAAUUACAAUGUAUAUUUUUUUAUUUCUUUACUACUGUACUAUUGCUAAAUUAUAAUCAAUAAAAAAGUGUUUUUGUAAA